CUGGUGCCGGGUGGCCCGUGUGCACAGCUCUGGACGCCGCGCGGGCCGCCAGUGACUCAGCGCGGGGCGUGUGCAGGUUGCGCCCGCCCCGGAGGGCUUUUGCACUCGCCCGGCUCCUUCCCGCUAUAAAGGCAGCCCACGGCGCCCUCCGCUCCAGCACACCCCCUCGACGUCCUUGCCAUCCUUCGUGCCGCCGUCUCCGGACCCCAACCUCUGCUUCCUCUCGCCAUGGAUCCCAACUGCUCCUGCGUCGCGGGUGGAUCCUGCACGUGUGCCGGCUCCUGCAAAUGCAAAGAGUGCAAAUGCACCUCCUGCAAGAAGAGCUGCUGCUCCUGCUGCCCCCCGGGCUGCACCAAGUGUGCCCAGGGCUGCGUCUGCAAAGGGGCCUCCGACAAGUGCAGCUGCUGUGCCUGAUGCCGCGGAGAGCCUGCACCGGGUGUAAAUAGAGCAAUGUGUACAAACCUACAUUCCUCUUUUUUUUUUUUGUCCUAUAAAAUACAAGAAUGAUAAUAAAAGUGGUUGGCUUUA